AUGUUAAUUGCUCGUGCUCUUCCUAUCAUGAGAGUUUACAUUAAACCUGGUGGUCAACGAGGUUAUUCAGGGCAUUGUAUUAACUUGCCUCAAAAUGUCACAGAACUUGCAAAGUCUUUGCCAAGAUACCCUAAAGACUUGGCUGUGAUUAUUGUGAGGGUUAAUGGUAAAGACAACACAUUCAAGAAUUUUACCGUGCGAAAAGAAAAAGUGCACAAUGCUUUACUUUGGCUGAUCAAUAAUAACCCACAUUAUUCUGAGUUACCAAUUAAUGAAGAUGCAUUAAAUUCAUUACCUGAAAACGGCGUACCAUCAGACCUUAUGACUGUUGAGACUGAUGAUGAUAUAGUCUCUGAUGACAAUUGUUCCCCUGAUGUAGGUCCACCUACUGAUAACCCAUCAGAGGAUAUUGUUUACAAUAACUCAACAGAAAUGAGUAGUUUUUUACCUGUCGGUGAACAACAGCAACAAGAAAUUGAAGCUGUGAGAAAUCAGCUAUCUGAAAAUGAGCCAAUAGAAUGGCCCACAGUUGAGAAUGAACCGUUAAAUGAGUAUCAAGUAUCACAUCUAGCCACAAUGGCUUUCCCAACUUUAUUUCCUGAUGGGAAAGGUGAUCCUACUAAUCAAGGGCUCCUGAGAGAUGUCCCUUUUCAUGAACGAAUAAAGCAUCUUUUAAAAUUUGCCGAGAUUAUUGAUGGUAACUGGGUAUACCGUUUUGCCAAUCAUCCCCGAUUUUCAUAUUGGGCAUUUAACAUGAUUCAAAGAAAGCGAAUCUUACAGCAAAGUGGGAUAUUCUUAAAACAAAAUCCAAGUGAAGCACAUCUCACUAUUGAUGAACUGCGAGAAAUGGCUGCCGGUAACAAUGCUAAUGUGUUUAUGUCUAAAGUGUCCAGAUAUGUCGGCAAUAUUGCUGGAACUAAUGCUUACUGGAAUAAAGUAAGAGACGAACUCAAAGCCAUAAUAACUAUUGUUGGAGCGCCAACAUUAUUUUUCACUUUUUCCUCUGCAGACAUGCAUUGGCCUGAGUUACAUGAUCUGUUUAAAGCUGAUAAUGAUUGUGGAGCUGGUAAUUCUACCAGUCAGGUUAAACGACAAAAUGUCAUUAAUAAUCCACAUCUUGUAGACUGGUUUUUUACUCAGAGAUUGGAAAGCUUUGUUAAACAUUGGCUUUAUGAAACACUUGGUGCUAAAUGGCACUGGUUUAGAUACGAAUACCGAGGUAGAGGUAGUAUUCAUUGUCAUGGUACUGCUAAACUAAAUAAUGACCCAGGCUUGUGUCAGCUUACCCAAACUGCUUUGAAAGGCUUCUUGGCUCAAAAAUUUAAAGAUGAGAAUGAUUGUUCUGAUUCAACAGAGUUAGACAAUGAUAUAAAAGCUGGUCAGAAAGCAGCUGAAACAGUAUGUCAGUAUGCUGAUUGGUUACUAUCAACUGUAAAUCCUAAUCCACCAGAUAAAGACAUGUGGAUAAGACCUGAGAUUCAUCCAUGUCAAAAAAGGCAUCAGGACAUUCCUGAACAUGAAAAACAAUCAGAUUAUGGAUGGAGAGCAAAUUGUGAUAUUCAAGUUGUUAUUGAUCACUAUGCUUGUGUUGAAUAUCUCACAAAAUAUGUUGCUAAAGGUGAACCAAGGUCACCUUUAUUGAAACAGGCAUUUAACUCUAUUAUGCAAAAUGUUGACAGUAAUACUGAUCCUCGCAGAGCUAUUAAGAAGGUAGUUAUGAGAUCUCUUGGUGAACGAGAUUAUGCUGCUCAGGAAACAAUGCAUCAUUUGUUGUCUUUAAAACUUCAUAGCUCAUCAUUUAAUGUGAUACCUGUUAGUUUAAAUAGUUCACGUAGAGUAUGUGACACUGCAAGUAUUGAAGAAGGUGAGUCAUGCACCGAUUACUCACUUCUCGAUGUGUACGCUAAUCGUGAGCAAUAUGACAGUUCGCAAAAUAUCAUGAAUAUGAAUUUUGUUCAAUUUGCCACAACAUAUAAAGUUGUUAACAAUGAACUGAUAAGAUUGCCAGAUAAUGUUAUACCGAGAAUAUUCCCAACGUAUUCUCCUAAUCCCAAAGGUCCAAAUUUUGGACUAUAUUGUAAAUAUCAACUCUUAAGGUAUAAACCUUGGCAAACAACUCAAAACAAUGCGUGGGGUGACCAAGAACCAACUGACGAGGUUCUAAUCAAUUCUUGGCAACAAUUCUUGCAAACACCUUAUGGACAAUCUAAUGUCCCAGACUGGUUUGACAAAUUACAAGCUGUCAUCCAAAGUCAAGAACCAGAAGAUGAACCUUCUGAAGAACAAGAGGUAACACGAGAAGAGUGGAUGAUAUUAUCAGACCUUCACACUCCUUUUGAGAACUCUGAACAAACACCAGAGUCAACAUAUGAUUGGCAUGUUGAUAGAGGCAAUUAUUCCGAACAACAAAUUCAUGAAAUGCCAACCUGGAUAAAAACAAACAAAGAGGACUACACUAUUGAUGAGCAAUAUGAUGUUGUUGACAUAAACAGUUUUAGUGAAAUGCAAAAACUUGCCUUUGACAUUGUUAAGUCUCAUUUUGAUGAUACAUCACCUGAAAAAGAUCCAUUAUGUCUAAUUAUAAAUGGUGUUGCAGGGACAGGUAAAAGUUACCUUAUUAAUGCUCUUAGAAAUGUUUUGCAAAGUAAAUGUGUGAUUGCUGCUACCACAGGUAAAGCAGCUUAUAACAUUAAAGGUGUAACUGUGCACUCCCUGUUAAAGUUACCUAUAGGGUCAAGAGGCAAUAAAGACUUAACAGGACAAAGCUUGUGUAGAUUACAGGAGAGUGUUAAUAACAUUGGGUACAUCAUUAUUGAUGAAUACUCCAUGCUUGGCCAAGUUACUUUUGGUUGGAUAGACAAGCGUUGCAAACAAGCAACUGGUUAUAAUGACAAAUGUGGAGCUACUGGAACAGUUGUUGAUAUUGUCUAUCAGAACAACCAUCAACCACCUGACUUGCCUAUUGCGGUCAUUAUUGAGUUUGAGAGAGGUCCUGUUUUUAAUAUGAACAAACCAUCUUGCGUUCCAAUAUGUCCAAUCACAGUCUCCUCACAGUCAGAAACUGGUUUUCAUGAGCGGCAACAGCUGCCUCUGAGACUUGCCUGGGCUCUAACGAUACACAAGAGCCAAGGACUUACUCUUCCAAAAGCUUGGAUAGAUAUUGGAAAAUCAGAAAGAACUGCUGGAGUUUCAUACGUUGCCAUAAGCAGAGUGAAGUCGCUUUCAUCUUGCGUCAUUGAACCCAUGACAUAUGAACGAUUAACAAGUUUGAAAUCAUCGGCUAAUUUACAAUACAGGCUUGAGGAAGAAAACCGCCUAGAUCGUUUAGCACUGACUACCAAUAGCAGUGCAUUUUAA